AAGUUGGCCGCGUGCAGUGUGUACGCGUACAUCCUGCCAGUUCAUUCAUAAAACCGAGCCUCGAUUGAACGAAACCCCGCACGUGCUCCGUACGAAACGCGAAAAGAUUAGUGCAAAAAAAAGGGGGUCCGAAGAACACGGCGUCUUUCUUUCGAGAGAGAAGAGAGUCCGGUCUUUUUUUUCAUAUUCUUUUUCCCGUCCGCUUCGUUGUUGUUGUUGUUGUUGUUGCCGUCUCUCACGGGAAGUCGCCGAGUUUCGAGUAUAACGCCAGCCGCCGACGACGAGGAUCGGAGCGCCAGACUCAUGUCACACCGUCCCAUUCAUUUUUUCAAGAUAUGUGAAACAUGGCGGACGACAAUCUUCAAGUUAGGACCGAGGAACGCCUGAAAAUAAAAAUAGGUGCUGCUAAGAACUUACAGUGCAGGAGCCAUACUUCGGUUCAAAGGGAUGUUUAUUGUACCGUUUCUUUGGAUCAAGAAGAAAUAUUUAGAACUUCCACUAUUGAAAAAACUUUAAGUCCAUUUUUUAGUGAAGAAUUCCAAUUUAAUGUACCUCGAAAAUUUCGUUACCUCUCCGUAUAUCUCUAUGACAGAGAUCGCCACCUCAAACAAGACAAAGUCCUGGGCAAGGUGGCGAUUAAACGUGAAGAUCUGGCCCAGUACAACAACAAAGACCAUUGGUUUUCCAUCCAACCGGUUGACGCGGACUCGGAGGUCCAAGGAAAAGCUAAUAUCAAAAUCGAUUUUGAAAAUGUCUCGAACAAGAAUCAAACGUCAAUAUGUUUCAAAAAUCGUCUGGUGGUGCGGGUCGUUGAGUGUACGGAUUUAACAUUAAAGAACGGAAGUUGUGACCCGUUCGCGCUUGUUACUGUUGUGUAUUCGAAUGGGAAGAAAGUGAACAAACGGACUAAGACGAAAAAGAAAACGGCGUCGCCGGUUUUUAACGAAGAAUUUUAUUUUGAUAGUGUUGAGGAAAAAGAUAAUAAAGGGUACAUUGAAGCGAACGAACCGGAUGUGGAAAUAUGUGAGUUACAUGUGUCGUUUUGGCAUGACGCGCCCGGAAUGGCCGGUGAUGUAUUUCUUGGGGAAGUUAAGGUGUCUUUAAGGGGACCACAACAACAAAAGGGAGCUCAUAAUAAUGCAUGGUAUUUCUUACAACCGAGAUCUGGAAAGAACAAACCGAAUUCUUGCUCAACACCACCGGGAACUCGACUCUCAGGCGAAAACAUGUUGGGAUCUCUUCGAUUACAAAUUCAAUACACCGCCGAUCAUGUUCUUCCUCUUGAAAAAUAUGCUAGAUUAUGCACUUUAUUAUUAAAUAGUAUACACACACAGCCAAUUACAAACAGUCCAGUGUAUAUCUUAGGAGAUAUCGUUUCGAAUAAAGCUGAUAUAGCACAGCCAUUAGUGAGAAUAUUUCUGCAUCAUCAACAAAUUGUAGAUAUAAUAAGAGCUUUAGCAAUUGCAGAAAUAUCAACGUUAACUGAUCCAACAACAAUCUUCCGUGGAAACACGCUGGUUUCGAAGAUGAUGGAUGAAGCAAUGAAACUCUGUGGUAUACAGUAUUUACAUAAAACAUUAAGGCCGACGAUAGAUCAAAUUUUUAAUGAGAAAAAACCGUGUGAAAUCGACCCGACGAAAGUAAAAGAUCCGAAUACCAUCCAAGCGAAUCUCGCCAAUUUAACAACGUACGUCCAAAGAAUAUUUGAAGCGAUCACGCAAAGCGCCGUUGGAUGCCCAUCGUUGAUGUGUCAAAUUUUUAUCAAUCUAAAAGAAUGCGCGAUGAAACAUUUUCCACAAAAUAGGGAAGUGAGGUACUCGGUUAUAUCCGGGUUUAUUUUUUUGAGAUUUUUUGCUCCUGCUAUUCUUGGACCAAGACUUUUCGAUUUAACAUCAGAACAAAUCGAUAGUCAAACAAAUAGGACGUUAACUUUAAUAUCAAAGACAAUUCAAAGUCUUGGUAAUUCGGUUAGUUGUCGUUCGGCUCAGCAACUUUGUAAAGAAGAUUAUAUGGACCAAUUGUACAAAAAAUUUUGUACGGAAGAAAGGGUGGCCGCCGUACGAAAAUUUUUGGAUAUUAUCUCGACAAAUACUAGUCAAAAUGUUAUUCCAAUUGAUACACCAGUGACGCUAAAAGAAGGAAUAAUGACGAAACGAGCUCAAGGCAGACGAAGAUUCGGUGGAUUCGGUCGAAAAAACUUUAAGAGAAGAUACUUUAAAUUAACAACGCAUGAUCUCAGUUAUUCAAAAACGAGGGGAAAGGAAGCGCUGUGCCAAAUACCUUUAUCCAACAUUUUGGCUGUCGAACGACUCCACGAACAAUCGUUUCAAAUGAAAAAUAUGUUUCAAAUAGUCCAAAGAGAACGAGCGCUUUAUGUUCAAGCAGCAAAUUGCGUCGAAGAAAAAGAAUGGGUUGAUUUGUUGACUAAGAUUUGUCAAACUAAUAAAAAUCGAUUGACGAAAUAUCAUCCGUGUGCUUUUAUCGAUGGACAUUGGUUAUGUUGUCAAUCAACUAUAGCUUCAGCCGCUGGUUGUCAUGAAGUAUCUUCGGUGGAUUCAAAUAAUCUUCAUAUGACUCUCGAUCCUGCUAGAGAAUUACAACGAAUGCAUUCGUUGAUAAUAGCUCAUAUGCAAGAGAUUGAUAGAAAAAUGAGUGAGAAACCUACAAAUACUAUUGUUUGUAAUAAUUUGGAUCAAUUGAGAAAUGAAGUAUGGGACAUUGAACAAACUCAUAGGAGGUAUCAAAGAAAUCUCGCGAGGGAAACAAAAUAUGGUAGCAAGCAAGCGCCAAUUGGUGAUGAUAAUUAUCUUCUGCUUCGACGAGCGAUGACAUGAGAUAAAACUGAAAAAAGAAAUCCAGAACAAAUUAAGUUUUAAGUAAUAAAAAUAAUGAUGACUAACGAAUAAUUCUCAACUUUAAGACUGUAUACCCAAUAAGUAAACAAAAAAGAAAAAAACGAAUAACA